GUAGUACAAUAUUUGCUUUAUUUAUUAAUUGUGAACUAGUCUGUGAAUUUCUCCAUAUUCUGGAAUCAUGCACUGAUAAAGGCCAACUGACAUCAACACUUGUGAACAUCUCUCUGGCAUCACAAGUGGCUUGCACAUUUAAAGUAGGUUUCCCUUUUCGGCUGAUAUACUCAUCUCCAUGGCGAUUUGGUUUCAGGAUUCCUAUAUAUGUACAAUCAAUUACACCAAUUGCGGUCGUAAAUUUAUCCGCUUGGCCUGCAUCAGUUCAUGGUUGGUAGUUGGAAACUUGAUCCAUUCGUUCGACUGUGCAACUAUGCUGUUCACAACUCUAUUCACAGUCCGAGAUACCGUUGCUUGACUAACUCCAAGUUCCUGACCAAUACCUUGUUGAUAUACAGAGUCACCCAGAUAGCAUGUUAUCUACUGAUUGACGCUCCUCUUGAACCGUUUUGCCCAUUCAGACACGCAAAAUUUUCAAGGGUUUUUCAGUCACUCAUUUUCACGACGCCACUCAAAAAGCUUCCUUCAAAAACACCCACAAAAUUCAAACCACACCUUUUGUCUCAGUUCGGUCAUUGUACGAGCAGGAUGUUGUCGUAG